AUGCUUUUGGUCCAAAAGUCCUUCUGUGUGCUGCUGGUGCUGAUGGCAUUUGUGGGUUUCCUCUAUCUCCAUGUGUGGUCACCAAAGCCCUACAGCACGGUGGACCUGCGCAGUCGGCCUGACCAAGUGCCCAGCCAGCUGCUGAAGGACCGCCUGCUACUGCCCGACAAGAAAUAUGCGCACAUUGCCUUCCGGAUCAAGGAGGAAAUCUUGGAGCUUCUUCCGAAAAACUCUUGCAAAUGCAUGGUGGAACCUAGCAUGAACCUUCCUUUCCAAAGACAGCUCUUUGGCCAGGUCUACUCACUGGAUUUUGCUACUGCCUUUAACCCCUCUGAACUACCCGACAUCCACAAUAAGCGGGAAAAGGAGUACAGCAGUUACCGGCGGAGGUCCCAUUCCCCAGCUGACCAACUCCUCAUAGUCCGAGCCAACUCUCCACUGGAGUACCCAGCCCAGGGGGUGGAAGUACGGCCUCUUCAGACCAUCCUCAUCCCAGGUCUGAGCUUGCAGGCAGAUGGCAGAGCAUUGUUUCGGGUCAACUUGUCGGCUACAAUGGGCACCUUUGAUGUGGCCGCUGAAGUGGAAGGGGUGAAGGUGGAAGGGGAAGGGGAAAUGCGCCUCACCCUCUCGGGACCCCGCCUGGACAACGUCAACCGGCAAAUGCAGUUUGUCACCUACACCAACACGCUCUUCCAUCCCAACACGGCGGACACAGUGCAGUUUUCUACCGAUGGGCACCAGGCGACUUUCAUCAUCCGCAUCCGCCAUGCGCCCACCCCUAGGCUCUACAACCCAGGAUCUCCCAGCAGAGGAACCGAAUACAACAUAAGUGCCCUGGUCACCAUCGCCACCAAGACCUUCCUGCGCUACGACAAGCUCCGAACGAUGAUUGACAGCGUCCGCAAGUUCUACCCCACGGUGACCAUCAUCAUCGCGGACGACAGCCAGAACCCCGAACAUGUGGAAGGGCCGCACGUCGAACAGUACUUCAUGCCCUUCGGCAAGGGCUGGUUUGCGGGCAGGAAUCUCGCCAUCUCCCAGGUGACCACCAAAUAUGUUCUUUGGGUAGACGACGAUUUCAUCUUCACGCCUCGCACCAAAGUGGAGAAGCUGGUUGACGUCCUUGAGAAGACGAGCCUGGAUCUAGUGGGUGGAGCCGUGCGAGAGAUCACCGGCUACACCACCACAUACCGGCAGCAGAUCAGCGUGCAGCCUGGCAAUGAAGACGGGGAUUGCCUGCGAACCCGGCAGGGCUACCACCACGUCAUCGAGGGCUUCCCGAGCUGCGUGGUCACCGACGGCGUGAUCAACUUUUUUCUGGCCCGAACAGACAAGGUGCUGCAGGUCGGCUUCGACCCCCGUCUCAGUCGCGUUGCCCACCUUGAGUUCUUCAUUGAUGGCUUGGGGGUGCUGCACGUGGGCUCCUGUUCCAACGUGGUGGUGGACCACGCCUCCAAGAUCAAGCUGCCCUGGCUGAAGACAGACAGCGAGAAGCAGUAUGCCAAAUUCCGCUACCCCAACUCGAGCGACAACAGCAUGGUCACAAAGCACAGCCUCUUCUACUUCAAGAACCGGCUCAAGUGCAUGACGGGCAACUAG